GCAAGCCGCGGGGGGCGCGGGCCAAUGGGGAGCGCCCGUCUUGGCGCGGCGCGCAGGCGCGGCGGGCGGGUGGCCGCGGAUUCAUGUGGAGGGGGCUGGAGCUCUGAGAUGGCUGCCAAGGUGUUCGAGAGCAUCGGGAAGCUCGGCCUGGGGCUGGCGGUGGCCGGAGGAGUUGUGAACUCUGCUCUGUACAACGUGGAUGCAGGGCACAGAGCCGUGAUCUUUGAUCGCUUCCGAGGGGUGCAGGACGUGGUGGUGGGCGAGGGGACGCAUUUCCUCAUCCCCUGGGUGCAGAAGCCGAUCAUCUUCGACUGCCGCUCGCGGCCCCGCAACGUCCCCGUCAUCACCGGCAGCAAAGACCUGCAGAACGUGAACAUCACGCUGCGGAUCCUGUUCCGGCCCGUGACGGCGCAGCUGCCGCGCAUCUUCACCAGCAUCGGCGAGGACUACGACGAGCGCGUGCUGCCCUCCAUCACCACCGAGAUCCUCAAGUCCGUGGUGGCGCGCUUUGACGCGGGCGAGCUGAUCACGCAGCGGGAGUUGGUGUCCAGGCAGGUCAGCGAGGACCUGACCGAGCGAGCGGCCACCUUCGGCCUCAUCCUGGACGACGUGUCCUUGACCCACCUGACCUUCGGGAAGGAGUUCACAGAGGCCGUGGAGAUGAAGCAGGUGGCGCAGCAGGAGGCAGAGCGGGCUCGCUUCAUCGUGGAGAAGGCAGAGCAGCAGAAGAAAGCCGCUGUGAUCUCUGCCGAGGGCGACUCCAAGGCGGCCGAGCUGAUCGCCAACUCGCUGGCCACGGCCGGGGACGGGCUGAUCGAGCUGCGCAAGCUGGAGGCGGCCGAGGACAUCGCCUACCAGCUGUCCCGCUCCCGCAACAUCACCUACCUGCCCUCGGGCCAGUCCGUGCUGCUGCAGCUGCCCCAGUGACGGCCACGCCUGGGGAAACACAGAAACACAUUAAAAAAGGAAAAAAAAAACCCAAAAAUAAUCAUCGCGGUUUCCUGGCGCGGAGGAAAACGGAGAUUUGGGAUUUGGGAAUAAAAGUGAAUGAGAUGGUGGGGCUGCGGUUCCUCCCCUGAGCGGGCACAGGGAGUCUGGAGUUGGGGAUUCAGGUGAAUUUGGGGACUCAGAAAGUGAGAUUUGGGGGUUCAGGUGAAUUUGGGGGUUUGAGAAGUGAGAUUUGGGGGUUCAGAAAGUGCGACUGAAGAUUCAGCAAGGGAGAUUUGGGAAUUCAGGAAGUCUGGAUUUGGGGAUUCAGGUAAAUUUGGGGGUUCAGGAGGUGAGAUUUGGGGAUUCAGGAAGUCUGGAUUUGGGGAUUCAGGUAAAUUUGGGGAUUCAGGAAGUGAGAUUUGGGGAUUCAGCAAAUGAGAUUUGGGGGUUCAGGGAGUGGAUUUGGGGGUUGGCCCGUUCUGGGCGGUCGCAGCAGCAGGAGCAGAGAUUUCCUGGGAUGAAGUCCAGGUGAGUCCCUGGUGCUCCCUAGAGGGACUUGUGUGUCCCCACCUGCAGCCCCUGGGACACCUCAGCACCCCCAAACCUCUCCAGGUGUCACCUCACCUGGGGACAUCUCAGCCUGGGGACACCCCAGCUCAGGGCCCUGUGGGGUGAGGGGGGCAGAGAUCCCCUCUGGCUCCCUGGACAGGAAAGUUCUGUGCAGGAAACCCUUCUGGAACUGGGACAUGUCCCCUUCACCCUGAGCUGUCCCUGUCCUGGGCUCCUGUCCCUGUCUCCUGUCCCAGCCCCUGGCUGCUCCAGGGACACAAAUCCUCUGUCCCAUCCCUGCUCCUUGUCCUGAGGGAGGCAGAACUGUGACACUGUGUAAGCAGCCUUCAAUAAAUGUCACAGCCCCAAGGCUGGCACUGUG